AUGUCAACUUUUACAUUACCGAUAAUUGAUAUUUCUUCAUUUACGACAACAACAAAAAAAACUCAAGAAGUUGAUGAAUUAAAAUUAAAAACAGCCAAAGAAAUUCAUGAAGCAUGUAUGAAAACCGGAUUUUUUUAUAUCAAAGGUCAUAAUGUACCGAAAGAAAUAUGUGAUAAUGUUUUGAACUUGGGUAGAGAAUUCUUUAAAUUAUCACAGGAAGAAAAAAAUAAACUUAGUAUUUCUAAUGAAGACUAUAGAGGUUAUCAAAGACUUGGAGAAAACGUUACAAGAUAUCAAAAAGAUUGGCACGAAGCACUUGAUUAUUACAAACCUAUUCCACCUACUCACCCAUUAGUAAUAGGCAAUUUGCCAUUGAAAGGUGAAAAUAGAUGGCCAGAACACCCAUCAGAAUUUCGUAAAGUAUUUGAGGAAUAUAUAGAAUAUAUGAAAGAUUUAGGGGCCAAAGUCAUGAGUGCAAUUGCUUUAGGAUUAGGUCUAGAAGAAAAUUAUUUUGUAGAAUAUUUAGAUGAUUCAUUUUGGGUGAUGAGAAUUAUCGGAUAUCCAUCUCUUAGGAGUUCAAGAGGCACGGAUAGAUUGUCUAACCUUUUUAAACCAGGAGCAUUGGAAGUUAGAACAAAAAAUGGAGAUUGGAUCCAAGCUGAUCCUAUACCAGAUGCAUUUGUAGUAAAUAUUGGUGAUAUGCUAAAUAUUUGGACAAAUAACUUAUAUCAAAGCACUUUACAUAGAGUAAUUCAUAAAAGUGAUGAUUAUCGAGUUUCAGUUCCUUUUUUUUAUGAACCAAAUUUUGAUGCAAAGAUUAAUCCAAUUGAACAAUGUCUUAAAAUCGAUCCAAUUAAACAUUACGAUUCAGUAAUAUAUGGCGAACAUCUAAUCAAGAAGGUGACUGUGAAUUUUGAAGUCGCUUGA